AUGAGUACCCCAAGUGAAACAACCACUACAACCACUUCAGCACCAAAAUUACAAUUAGUUGUCAGAUCAAAAACUACUGCAUAUCAAGAAACUAGUAAUGGAUAUGGGAAAAAUUUAACAUUACCAUCAUUCACAAAUGGAGAUUGUCGUCACGUAGAGUACAGCAAAGAUGGAACAUUAAUCGCAUAUGUCAAUAUUAAUGAAAUUAUAAUUUGUUCAAGUAUCGAUGGUAGCGUUCAUUCAAAGAUCGAAAGACCAAAUGUUGGUAUGAUAUCAUUCUCACCACAAAACAGUUUCCUUUUAACAUGGGAAAGAAUGUCAGAAUACAAUAAUAAUGAAAACAAUUUAAUCGUUUGGGAUAUCAAAACAAAACAAAUUCUUUACAAGUCAUCACAAAAAUAUUGCAACCAAGAAAACUGGCCACUCAUUAAAUGGACCGACGAUGAAGUUUUAGCUGGUAAACUAAAUCAAAAUGAAGUCCACUUUUUCAACGGUCGUUCAAUUGGUGUAUUAGCUAAAAAGAUUAAAUUGGCAGAUAUUAGCUCAUUUGAUUUUGCACCAGGAAACGCACCAUAUAAAGUAGCAACUUUUGUACCAGAAAAAGGUAGCACCCCAGGUAGUGCCCGUAUUUAUGUCUAUCCAACCGUUAACGAACAUGUUUCUCAUUUAACUUUCUUUAAAGCAAGUGAAGCCAAGGUUCUUUGGAAUAAAAAGGGUAAUGCUAUUCUUGUUCACACAUUUACCGAUACCGAUAAGUCUGGUAAAUCCUAUUAUGGCGAAACUGGUUUAUGGUUCCUCUCUCAAGACGGAAGUAGUUUUAAUCUCAACAUUAAAGGACCAAUUCACGAUGUACAAUGGAGCCCAACAUUAGAUCAAUUCAUGGUUUGCUAUGGCAAUAUGCCUUCACAAACUACACUCUUCAAUUUAAAGGGUGAACCAUUAGUUGAUUUCGGUUUAAAUCCAAGAAAUACCAUUCGUUUUUCACCAAACGGUAAGCUUUUAUGUUUAGGUGGUUUUGGAAAUCUUCAAGGCGAUAUGGAUUUCUGGGAUCUCACUCGUUACAGAAAGAUUUGUAGUACCCAAUCACAUUGUGCCGUAUUUACUGAAUGGGCUGCCGAUAGUAUUCACUUUAUGACAGCUGUUUUAUCACCACGUAUUCGUGUAGAUAAUGGUAUUAAAAUUCAACGUUAUGACAAUACUGUUGUUUAUAAAGAAGAUAUCCCAGAACUCUACCAGGCUCUCUGGAGACCAUUAAAUCCUUUAUCAUUCCCAAAUGAUAAAAUUAUUUAUCCAUCCGUUCAACAAAAAGAAGCCUCACCACAACCAACCAAAUAUACCCCACCAAGUUUAAGAAAUCAACAAGUAGCCUCCUCUGCAGCUUCUCCAAUAAGAUCGCCACCUGGUAUGGAGUUACCACCACCACCACCAGGUUUUAAAGUAUACUUAACUGUUAAUAAUAAAUCAGCUCCAAAACCAAAACAACCAAAAGGCAGCAACAAUACAACAACAACUACCACCACUUCACCAAAACCACAAUCUGACGAACCAAAAAGAGAAUUAACUCCAGUUGAAAAGAAAAUUAGAAGCGUUGAAAGAAAACUUAAAGAAGUCGAAAUCUUAAAAGAUAAAUUAAAUUCUGGUGAAUUUAUCCCACCAACCGCUAUUGAAAAGAUUAAUAAUGAAAGUAAAUUUUUAGAAGAGUUAAGACAAUUACAACAACAAUUAUAA